AUGUCCCCGAUUCCGCAGCCAUCGCCCAGCCACGAUCUGCCCAAGUUCCAUCUCCAGAUCCUCGAUCUUUCACAUCCCGGUGAGUUGUUGUAGCCGCGUUCGGAUCCGAGCGGCACCCGCCACAUGUGGGGGUGGGAACGGCGCGCGGGGCAGACCGGGUCGAAUCGAGUGGCACCAGCUGAUCGGGAAUUGUUCCGUCUGGUCUGGUUUGGCCAGGGACGGAAAAGUUUUUUUCACACUGUGGAACACCCCUCAAGCUCCUCGAAUCGUCCGCAUCCGCGGUGCUGAGGUGGUUGUAUCCUUUAAGCGCGAGGUCCUUUAAAACACCUACCUCUGCUACGUCCUUGGCCGAACAAGAAACCGCCGACAAUCAAGUGCCAGAAGCGCACCCUCCGUCCAUCAGAUCGGUCACCCUCCACGUCAGAUCCGUUGACGGUGUCGCGUACACCCAAUCGAUCCCUCUCGAUUCCGAGCACAGGGAGGUACACUUCUCGGCGGACUACGUGCACGGCAUCGACUCGGCCAGGAUAGGCAACGAAAUCAGAGGGGUCAUCGUCCACGAGCUGGUUCAUGUGUUCCAGUACGAUGGUAAGGUAAGUUCCAACUCCACUUGAAAAGCGAACACAAAAGCCCAAGACGGACACUGACGCCUUGUGACGGGUUGGGUUGGGGGGGGGGGGGGUCAGGGCACUAUGCCUGGAGGCUGCAUCGAAGGAAUUGCCGAUUGGGUCCGAGUGAGUGUGAUUUUGAGCUCACUGGCUUGGCGUGAUGUCAUGUCAUCGACGAGUUUGUUUUUUCCGCUUGGAUAGGCCAAGGAGCAGCUCGAUCCUCCCCAUUGGAGAAGAGGCGAAGGCACACAGUGGGAUGAAGGAUACCAGGCAAGUGCCUCUAAUGCAGCUUUGGCGCUACUGGACCACUGAUGUGCAACGAAUUCGCGUCCAGACGACCGCCUACUUUUUCCUGUGGCUUGAAAAGCGAUUUGACAAUCCGUGGUUCGUGCCGCAGCUCAACGCGCUGAUGGCCGAGCACGAGUGGGACAAUGGCAAGUGGCUGCGAGAGCUGCUUCAAGGCCAAGACAUUGAGGACCUCUGGGCCAAGUACAAGCGGUCACUCGGAGACACAGAUCGCCAAAGUGACUCGACUGCAUCGAAGCCAGUCCCGACACACGGCUGUUAA